UUCUUGCUGUCUCACUCUCGAGCAUUUCAUUCGUAUAGUAGCGCGCCUUGCUGCCUGCGUCAAUCGCCCUCCCCGUCACGAUGCGUUCUUCCACAAUACUAGCCCUGGCCGGUCUCAUCGCCAGCUCCACUGCCAUCGACAUCCGUUUCUAUAAUGGAGAAGAGAACCAAUACUGCGGAGGCAAGGUAUCGGCCGGCUGCACCAACGUGAAUCCAAACACGUGCUGCAGCCCCGGCGGCGCGUAUGGCUGGACCAUGACCUGCAACGCCAUACCGACCGCUUGGCACAUCGAAUGCCGGGCCUACGAGGGCUCGAACUGCUGGGGCCCGCAGAGGAACGAGUACGCUUACGGUUGGACCGACGAGUGCGUCUCGCGGGAUUGGAACAGCUUCCGCUCUGGCGGCUGGGGCUUCGUCGCCAAGAAGACGCGUGGCGAGGAGGCCGAGGCCGAGGCGGCCUAUAACGCGGCCUAUAACAGCACGCAGCAGGGGGAGGGCUGCCGCAAGCCAGACUUCCUCGAGUACACAGACGGGCCUUGAUUCGAGCUGGACGGCCUGACUGAAGAUCAACACGCUAAAGUGCAUGGGACUCUUCGAUGCGAAUGCCGACUCGACCGAGGUCGAAGAGCUGUUUGCCACUUUCGACCUCUAGGCAAGAUUCAGCGGGACGUAGACCACAUGGCUCACAGCGCUGACCUCGAUUGGGCGCUCCAACUGCGUUGAAGCGUUGGCCGCAGAGAAAG